ACUGCUUAGCUUCCUCCAUCCCGGAAGAACAUUGAGCGUGAUCAUGUGGAGACAUGGAGCAACGUAGAGUGAAACGCUGAAGGAAGUCGUUUUUAAGUAACGUGUGUGACUGUGACUCAGUAAACAGCAUGGUGUCUCUAAUCGGUGCUGUUGGCACGUAAAGUCCUGUUUCACAGACUGGUGGUUUGUCUCACGUAAACAUGCUUUCCUGCUGAAAACAAGUUAGUCUGGGUGACAACAAAAGGACUAUUCAUUUGACCUUCGGUUUCUUCCAUCUGGGAAAGAAGAAGUUUAUGAGAAAACCAGCUCAGAGGGAAUCCAGGAUAUGAGGCUUCUAGACUGUGCCGACUAAUGGGUGUUGACGGAGACAUUUGCCAUCCGCCUGAGUGUGCCACUGCAGGAAGAAGAAACCUACAGCUGCAGCCACGAGACAAUCGCAAUGGACCUGUCCGACCAGAAGCUCUUUACCGUUGCGGACUAUGUGGUCUUUGCCGUCCUGCUCGUCAUCUCCAUGGGCAUCGGCCUGUACUACGCUCUGUCGGGUGGCCGCCAGCGCACCACGCAGGAGUUUCUGAUGGCAGACAGGAGCAUGAGCUGUCUUCCUGUUUCCCUGUCGCUCAUUGCCUCGUUCCAGUCCGCUGUGGCAAUCAUCGGCGUACCAGCGGAGAUUUUCAACCACGGUACUCAGUACUGGUUCAUCGGCUGUGCCUACAUCCUGGGCCUUCUUAUUCCAGCUCAUGUUUACAUUCCGGUGUUCUACAGACUGCAGCUCUCUAGCUCUUUCCAGUAUCUGGAAAUGCGGUUCAGCAAAGUGGUGCGUAUCUGUGGAACCUUGACCUUCAUCGCUCAGAUGGUUGUUUAUAUGGGAGUUUGUGUCUAUACUCCUGCCUUUGCACUAAAUGCAGUUACUGGAUUUGAACUAUGGGGAACAGUGCUGGCCACUGGGCUGGUGUGCACAUUGUACACAACACUCGGCGGUCUGAAGGCGGUCAUCUGGACGGACGUCUUUCAGACUCUUGUGAUGUUUGCCGGGCAGCUGGCUGUCAUUGUGGUGGGGGUGCAGAAGACUGGAGGAGUCUCUGAAGUCUGGAGGAAGGUCUGGGAGGGAAACCGCAUCUCCGGUCUUGACCUGAACCCAGAUCCUACAGAGAGACACACUUUCUGGACUCUGGGUGUUGGCGGCAUCUUCCUCAUGCUGUCUCUGUAUGGAGUGAACCAGGCUCAGGUUCAGAGAUACCUCAGCGCGCGCACAGAGAAGGAGGCUGUCAGGUCUUGCUACAUGGUGUUUCCCUCACUGCAGCUGGCUCUGGCUCUCAGCUGUGUGAUGGGCUUGGUCAUGUUUGCGCGUUACUCUGGAGAGGAUCACUCGGACAAGCUGGCUGCCACCUCCAGUAAUGCGAUGGUGAUUUACUUUGUGAUGGAUAUGCUGCAAGGUCUGCCUGGGCUGCCUGGACUAUUUGUUGCCUGUUUGUUCAGUGCAGCACUCAGCACCAUCUCAUCCGCCUUUAACUCUUUGGCCACCGUGACAAUGGAAGAUCUCGUCAAACCACAUUUCCCAGCUAUGACAGAGAGCAGAGCGCUCCUGCUCUCCAAAGCUCUGGCUUUUUCCUAUGGGCUGCUGUGUCUGGCCAUGGCCUAUCUCACGCACCUGAUGGGGGAAUCGGUUCUCCAGGUGGCUUUAAAAAUCUUUGGGAUGGUCGGUGGUCCUAUCCUGGGUGUGUUUUCUCUCGGGAUGUUCUUCCCCUGGGCCAACUCCACUGGAGCGGUGGCAGGUCUUGGUGCUGGUCUGUCUUUGUCUUUCUGGAUUGGCAUUGGGGCCAUCUUCACCCGCAAUUCCACCACUGGACCACUGCAAACGGACUACACCGUCAACACCACGCUCUCUGCCAUUCGGACUGCACUGAGUAAUGUCACUGUGAGCCGACCCUCUGGGUUGAAGAGAUUUUAUUCACUGUCUUACAUGUGGUACAGUGCAUUCAACUGCUUCACGGUCAUUUUAAUAGGCCUGAUCAUCAGCUUCAUCACAGGCCCAAUGAAAGAAGAGGAUGUGACACCAGGCACAGUUUAUCCGUUGCUAGGAAAACUCCUCUGUUUUCUGCCUGACCGCCUGAAAAAGAAACUGUGUUGUGUGACUCCUCUGGGACAAACGCUCUCAUUACAACAAAGGCAACCUUUACAGUGCAAAGAAAGCAACAGACAAGGCGAAGGACCGUCGCAGGAAGAGACGGAGACGUUUCUCCCCGAUGCUCACGUGACGUGUGUGGAGCACGAGACGUCUCUGUGACCUCUCGUUUGAAACGUCUCCAGGCGACAUAAUAAUAAUCAGCACUAAUUUGACUGAUCACACGUUGAGUAUCAUCUGUCACGUCACCGAUUAACAUACAGUUGAGCCCUGACAUGUAAAAAACACUGUACUUUACUUGAGAAAGCGUCUUUUUUUUUGUAACACAUUUACAACUGUAUAUAUUGCCAACUGAAAUGACUGUCUGACUGAAGAGUGUUGAUGUUGAUGAAGAGUUGAUGUUUGUGAUGCAGCUGAGGGAAACACCUUUAGAAUAAAGGGUUUUGUACUUGA